AUGAUUUCAGAAUUAAUAGAAAAGAACUAAUUUAAUGAUUUUUACAUAUUAUUUGAUGAAAAUGUUAAAGAUGCAAACAAAUCUGUGAAAUCAUUUUAUGAAUAAUUUGAAUAAGAAAACUUACAAAAAGGAUCUGAAAAUUUUAAUAAUCCCAACAAAUUAAAAAUUUAUAUCAAUGAAACAAUUCAUAAAGGAAGAUCAAAAUAAAAUGUAUCUUAAAUUAUUGAAAAAUAUUCCAAAAAUAAAAAUUUAGAAUCAUCAAAUGUUUUUAUGUAAAAUUGUUAAAGAUCACCUUUUUUAUGUUUAAUUGUUAUGACCAAAGAAUAAUUUAAAAGUUUAGAGAAUAUUUUAGAAUUGAUAAUUACUCAUAAAGAAAACGAUUGCAAAACAGUAAUAAUUUUAGAAGAAAUUAAGGAAUUGAUUUAUGCAUAAAAUCAAUUCAUAUAAUUUCAAUAAGAAUUUGAUUAAUUUGUAUUAGAUCUCUAAUUAAACAAUAAAAUAGAUGUGAUUAAUACAAAAUCUUUGAAAUAAACUAUUGAAGAGAUAGCUUAAUGUUUAUUAUGUAGUGUAUAAUGGAAGAGAAAAUAAAAUAAAAUACCAUGUUUAUUUAGAGAUAGAGGAGAUUUUAGUUUAUUUAAAGCUGAAAAUGCAGGAAUAACAAAUACUUAUGAAUUAUAUUGGUUGUCUAUGCUGACUUAAAUUCCAGGUAUAAGUGAAGCUAAAGCUAGAGCAAUAGUAUUAAAAUAUCCAUCAAUUAAAUCAUUAAUUAAUGCUUAUAAGAAUACUGACAUUGAGAAGAGACCUCAUUUACUUAGUGAAAUUGAAGUUGUACAAGGAAUUGUUUAAUAAACUUCAAAGAAAUUAGGAAAUACUAUUUCAGAAUAAUUGUAUAUACUCUUUUCGACCACAAAUGCCGAUUAUAAAGUAUUAGAUUGA